UGCUGCUUUAUUUCCUCAGCCAGACAAAGCUGUGGCGGGCGGUCCGUGCAGAGCCGCAUUACUGAUAACCCAGCGAUCCCUGGGGAGCAGGAACAGCAGCUUCGGAGGCCAGGGCGGGCAUUGCCACCCCUACACUGGCUCACCCGGCAAACUGCCCCAACCAGGCCCACCCCCGCCAGCUCCGUGCCCUGCGGGUGGGGCUGGGACUUCAAGAGGAAUUUGCUCUGUCCCAACCAGCCAGGGACACAGACUGUUACUUCAACUUCCUGCUUCUUUUGUACUUUCAGUUCUGAAACGAGUGGAAGGCCCAGACGGGGAGGGGGCUCGGCCCAGUCAAUUCAGCUACAAAUGUAACAAAAAUAACGACGAAGGGUCGGGUCUCAAACCCUCCGGCUUCAUGACCCUGUGUGUGGAACUGAUGCUGCAGCCUCUGGUACGUCUACACUGCAGCUGAGACUAGAGCUGGGACUAUCCAACUGGGAUAGAAUUUAAAACUCUACGGUCACCCCCACCCAUGUUUUUUACAACUGUCACAAUGAGGCGCAACAUCCCAUCGACAUGCAUCUCUGUGUUACUCUGUAACAGCUCUGAGGUUUGAUUUAAGAAGUCUUCAGCAGACAGCUCAUCCCUAGUUCUUCUGACCGAAAACAAAGGAACAAGUUAUAAUGAAGAGGAUGAUUUUCUCAUUCUUUCAUGGCUUCACUGUGAGCUCCUCGCUGCCUGGAUACGUUGUUUUCUUCAUUGCUCUGCACAGUCACAAUUUGGCAUCAGCACAGUUUACAGUGACUGGACCUGACCAUCCAAUCACCACCUCCGUAGGUGGGGAGGCCGUCCUGCCCUGCCACCUCUCCCCCAGGAUGAGCGCUGAGAACAUGGAGGUGCGAUGGUUCCGAUUCCAAUAUCAUUCAGUUGUCCACCUGUAUCAGGAGGGACAGGAUAAGUAUGAAGAGCAGAUGCUGGAAUAUCACGGGAGGACAGAGCUGCUGAAAGAUGGCAUCACUAAUGGAAGUGUUUCCCUCAGAAUAUACCAGAUCCAGCUCUCUGAUCAUGGGCAGUAUACAUGCUUUUUUCAAUACAGUAUAUUUUAUGAAGAAGCCAUAUUGGAACUGAUGGUAUCAGCUAUGGGCUCGGACCCCCACAUCUCUGUUGAUGGUCACCAGGACGGAGGAAUCCGGGUUGUGUGUCAAUCGGCUGGGUGGCACCCAGAACCUGAGGCUCAGUGGAAAGAUCACCAUGGGAAGCUGCUAUCACCUGCCUCUGAAAAAAUAUCCAAGGAGACCAAUGGCCUAUUUCAAACUCAGAUUUCUAUUGUUAUAACAGAAGAUUCCAACCGGAAUUUGUCCUGUUCUGUCAGGAACCCGCUCGUCAACCAAGAGAAAAUAUCAACAGUUUUCAUAGCAGAGCUGUUUUUCCCAAGGGUCAAUCCCUGGAUGGUGGCUCUGGGUGUGAUCCUGGCUCUCCUGGCUCUUCUCAUUGCCCUGGCCAGUUACUGCUUCUGGAGGCAACACAGAAUGAAAGAGAUGCUGCGAUCUGACCUGGCGAGACAGAAAGAAGAACAUCGUGAAGAAAAAGGGAAACUCUUCACUGAAUUGGGGCUUGGGUUGAGAAGAGCCCAGCUAUAUGCAGUGGACGUGACUCUGGAUCCAGACACGGCAAAUCACUGGCUCGUCCUGUCUGAGGAUCGGAAACAUGCGAGAUACGGAGACACACGCCAGGAUCUGCCCGACAACCCUGAGAGAUUUGAUCCUUUUCCCUGUGUUCUGGGCACUGAGCAGUUCAUGGGCGGGAGGCGUUACUGGGAGGUGGAGGUGGAAGACAAGACUAGAUGGACUCUGGGGGUUUGUAGGGAAUCUUUGAACAGGAAGGUCACACCCACACCUGGGAAUGGAUGCUGGGUGAUGUGGCUGAGGGGUGGGGAAUACAAGGCUGGCACCUCCACCUCUCCCCCCAUCCCCGUGAGCGUCCGGCCCAGCCGGGUGGGGAUUUUCCUGGACUAUGAGGAGGGCGAGGUCUCAUUUUACAAUGUGACUGAUGGGUCCCAUCUCUUCACUUUCACUGACACCUUCUCCGGGACGCUCCGCCCUUAUUUCUAUCCUGGUCACAAAGCUGGGGGUACAAACGUGGCUCCCCUGAUCAUCUGCCCGGUCCCAGCUCAGGUCGGAGGGAAUCUCUGUCCCUGACAGUGACACCUGCAGCACAGACUGGCCCCUCCCAGCUCUGCUGCUCUUCCUCCCCCCCCCGUAGUGGAGGCCAGUUACUGCUGGCAACUGGACUUUUUGUGCUGACUGGACACUGCCAGUUUCCCUUUUCAACUGGAGGUUCCAGUCGAAAACCGGACACCUGGCAACCCCUAGCCCUCAUCUUUCCCCGUCCCCUGCCCCAGGGGUAGCAGAUGGUGGUGGAUGGGGGUCAUUCACUCCUGUCAGAAUUUUCUACCCCUGUGAAAUCUCAGUGUAAAAUAUGAAACAAAAAAGAUUAUUCUAAUUUAGAAAAUAUUAUUGUAACAAGGUGUAAAUACAAGAUUAUUUUAAUUUACAUUUCAACAGUAUUUCAAAAACAAACAUCUAAACAUAUUUUUAGAAAUGGAAUUAUUUACAUUUAUUUUUUGAUUCCUCCCUCAAAUCUAUAUUGAAGUUUAACUUCUCUAAAUAAUGUCAUUUGUAUUUCAACUGUGGAAUUUCAAAAAAUCCAAAAUAUUUAUCUUAACAAAAUAAACUAUUAAAUUGUCA